AUGCACGACGCUGCACAGCACUCGCUCGCCAUCCUCGACGACUAUGAAGGCGCUGCUCGACAAUACGCCGACUGGUCCUCCCUCGCCUCCCUCCCGACCACCGUCUUCCGCCGCGCCAUUCCCCGACCCGACCUCGCCGAAACCCUCAAACCCUUCACCAUCCUCCACUGCAUGCGCGAGCGCACAAAGAUCGACCGCCCGCUCCUCGAGCAGCUCCCCAACCUGCGCCUCAUCGCCACGACCGGCAUGCGCAACCGCGGCAUCGACCUCGACGCCGCCCGCGACCUCGGCAUCGUCGUGUGCGGCACCGAGCACGCCACUCACGGCGGCGGCUCGAGCGGCGCCGUCGAGCAGACCUGGGCCUUGAUCCUCGCCCUCGCGCGCCGCGUCGUCGACGAGCACGCGAGCAUGCGCGCCGGCGCGUGGAUCUCGGGCACCGCUACCGGGCUCGCGGGCAAGACGCUCGGGCUCGUCGGCGCGGGCAGGCUCGGCAAGGAGGUGGCGCGCGUCGCGACGGCGUUCGGCAUGCGCGUCCGGGCGUGGAGCCCGCACUUGACGCCCGAGCGCGCACGAGGCGCCGGCGUCGAGUUUGUCGCGUCCCUCGACGAGCUCCUUGAGACAUCGGACGUCGUGUCGCUCCAUCUCAUCCUGGCGUCGACGACCCGAGGGCUCCUCGGCGCGAGGGAGCUCGCGCUCCUCAAGCCGACGGCUUUCCUCGUCAACACGUCGCGAGGCCCGCUCAUCGACGAGGCGGCUCUCGUCGACGCUCUGCAGUCGGGCAGGCUGCGUGGUGCCGGCCUCGACGUGUACGACGUCGAGCCGCUGCCCGAGGAGCACCCGUUGCGCACCCUUGCGAACGUCGUCCUCUCGCCUCACAUGGGUUACGUCGACGACUCGACUUGGGCCGCGUGGUGGCCUCAGUCGGUCGAGAACAUCGAGCGGUUCCUCGCCGGGUCGCCCGUCCGACUUCUUGAGUAGCUUGUCUAGAUGAGGGCCACCCGCAGUGCAACGUAGACACGCAGUUGAGCUCAU